GGCAGCGUGAAAGGUGUUGGUGGCGGUGCCACUUCGUGUAGGAGCGAAAGCCUUGCGCUCCGGCCGUGAUGUCGCGGCUGAUCGUGAAGAACCUUCCGAAUGGGAUGAAGGAGGAGCGGUUCCGGCAACUGUUUGCCGCCUUCGGCUCAGUCACUGACUGCAGCCUCAAGUUCACUAAAGAUGGCAAGUUCCGCAAGUUUGGCUUCAUUGGCUUCAAGCUCGAGGAGGAGGCGGCAGCAGCCUUGAGCCAUUUCCACCGGACCUUCAUCGACACCUCGAGGGUCACGGUGGAGCUCUGCAAGGCCUUUGGGGACCCCAGCAAGCCUCGAGCCUGGAGCAAGCACACCCAGAAACCCGGCCAGGCCAAGCCCUCCGCCAAAGACAAGGCCGUCGAGCACCCUGUUGUGAAGAAGGGAGACCAAAAGAAGAAGGUGACAGGGGAGCUGGAGCAGCUUCAGGGUGACAUGGAGUUCCGGGAGUUCCUGUCAGCCCACCAGAAGCGGGGACAGGCAGCCACGUGGGCCAAUGAUGUCCCUGACACCUCAGACCUGGCCAAGGGGGCCCCCAAGGGCAAGAACCAGCUGGCCAAUGACUACCUCAACUUCGACUCUGACUCGGGGCAGGAGAGCGACGAGGCCACUGGGGACUCUUCAGGAGACGAGAAGGACCCGGAUCUGAAAGUGGCCGCCCAGCAGGAGCUAUCGGAUAUGGCCUACCUGCGCUCCAAGGCUGUGCGGGCAGAGUCACCGUCUUCCUCCUCCUCCUCCUCAGAAGAUGAAGAAAGCGAAGAUGAGGCCGUGCACUGUGACAGCGAGGGGGGCACCCAGGAGGAGGAGGAGAAGAGGGAUGCACAGGUUACCUCCACACAACAAGGCCAAGAGAGCACAGGGGCCCCAACCAGAAGUCAGAAGUCUCGUGAGGAUGGUGUCCAGGCCAAGCAGCCAGUGACCCCACGAGAACCCAGCACCCCCUACACAGUAAAGCUGCGGGGAGCCCCCUUCAAUGUAACAGAGAAAAACGUUCUGGAGUUCCUGGCCCCUCUGAAGCCUGCAGCCAUCCGCAUUGUGAGGAACGCUCAUGGGAACAAGACAGGAUAUGUCUUUGUGGAUCUCCACAGUGAGGAGGAAGUGAAGAAAGCCCUGAAGUGCCACCGAGAAUAUAUGGGCGGGCGCUAUAUUGAAGUGUUCCGGGACCAGAGCACACCGGCCACUGCCCCGGGGCCCACUCGCAGCCGGGCUGCAGCCUGGGCUGGCCGGACCCUGGGGGAGGACGAAGAGGAGGAGGACCUGGCCGACUCAGGGCGCCUCUUUGUGCGCAACCUGCCCUACACCUGUUCCGAGGAGGACCUGCAGCAGCUCUUCUCUGCCUACGGGCACCUAUCUGAGCUUCACUACCCGAUUGACAGCCUGACCAAGAAGCCCAAGGGUUUUGCAUUUGUCACCUUCAUGUUCCCAGAGCACGCUGUGAAAGCCUAUGCUGAAGUGGAUGGCCGUGUGUUCCAGGGCAGGAUGCUACACGUACUGCCAUCCACCAUCAAGAAGGGGCCCUGUGAGGAGGCGGAUGGCCCCAGCACAUCCUCUUACAAGAAGAAGAAAGAGCAGAAGGAGAAGGCAGCCAGCUCCAGCUCGCACAACUGGAACACGCUGUUCAUGGGCCCCAAUGCCGUGGCAGACGCCAUCGCGCAGAAGUAUAGUGCCGCCAAGAGUCAAGUGUUCGACCACGAGACCAAGGGUAGUGUGGCCGUCCGUGUGGCCCUGGGUGAGACUCAGCUCGUCCAAGAAGUGCGGCGCUUCCUCCUGGACCACGGGGUCUGCCUGGACGCCUUCAGCCAGGCCGCGGCUGAGCGCAGCCAGACGGUGAUCCUGGCGAAGAACCUCCCUGCCGGUACGCUGGCAGCAGAGUUGCAGGAGACGUUCGGCCGCUUCGGCAGCCUGGGCCGGGUGCUGCUGCCCGAGGGCGGUGUCACGGCCAUCGUGGAGUUCCUGGAGGCGCCCGAGGCCCGCAGGGCCUUCCGACAGCUCGCCUACUCCAAGUUCCACCAUGUACCCCUGUACCUGGAAUGGGCUCCCAUGGGUGUCUUCUCCGGCCCAGCCCCACAGAAGAAAGAGCCCCACGACACAGCAGCUGAACCUGUGGGGAAAAACAGGACCCAGCCGGAAACAGAAACAACACAAGUCAGCAAGAACCCAGACAGUGAAAACCCAGCAGAGGGAGGAGCAACUGCCGAAAAGACAGAGGAGCCAGAGGAGGAGGAGGAGGAAGAGGAGGAAGAGGAGGAGGAGCGCCUUCCUGGGUGCACCCUGUUCAUUAAGAAUCUCAAUUUCGACACCACAGAGGAAACGCUAAAGACGGUGUUUUCCAAAGUGGGAAUGGUGAGGAGCUGCUCCGUGUCCAGGAAGAAGAACAAAUCAGGGGUGCUGCUCUCCAUGGGGUUUGGGUUUGUGGAGUACAGGAAGCCAGAGCAGGCCCAGAAGGCGCUUAAGCAGCUACAGGGCCACGUCGUGGAUGGUCACCAGCUGGAAGUGAGGCUCUCAGAACGUGCCACGAAGCCAACUCUGACUACUUCACGAAAAAAGCAAGUGGCCCGGAAACAGACCACCUCGAAGAUUCUGGUUCGCAACAUCCCCUUCCAAGCUGACCGACGGGAGAUUCGUGAGCUCUUCAGCACUUUCGGGGAACUGAAGACGGUCCGUCUGCCCAAGAAGAUGGCCGGGACGGGCGCACACCGGGGCUUUGGCUUUGUGGACUUUCUCACCAAGCAGGAUGCCAAGCGAGCCUUUAGCGCCCUCUGCCACAGCACUCACCUGUACGGGCGGAGGCUGGUACUGGAGUGGGCGGAUGCCGACAACAGCUUGCAGGCUCUUCGGAGGAAGACAGCGGAGCAUUUUCAUGAGCCCCCGAAGAAAAAGCGGUCUGUGGUGUUGGACGAGAUCCUGGAGCAGCUGGAAGACAGUGAAAAUGAGAGUGAGGAGCCGAGUCUUUAGCCGGGCCCGGGCACCGAAUGGGUUUGCUGAGCUGCCGCCAUUCCUGGCACCUCUCUCCAAAGGACCCUUCGCAGUCGACACUGGGGACCAUGUUCUGUCUGCUCAGCCGGACAUCCUCUGGCCCAAAAUUUAUCUCUACGCUGGAUCGCUCACAGCAGGGCAAGCCCUGGCCCUCCCAGUGCCCCUCCAGACUCGGGGUGCCCGUGCCCCCUCCCCAGCCCAGAGCUGGGCCUUCCCCAUGAAGCUUCUUGGGCCAGUGGCGAGUGCUAAGAGGCAGCCAGCUAUGGAGACCCGGGUCUGAAGCGCAGCUUGGCCCCGCCCUCUUGCCCUGUUUCGGGGAAGCCACUGUGUGCUGGGACCGAGUGACACAGUAAAGCCUGUGACAGCGACA